AUGCGAUCUGCCCGGCUCAUCUCAGAUCUAGUGGCAGGCCCUUCUCGCCCUUGCUUGGCAUACAUACCCCGUCAAAUCUCCCCUAGGCCGCUCCACACCUCCGAACCCGCCAGAUCGGGCCACAAUCGAUGGUCCAAAAUUCGACACCGGAAAGGUGCUGCGGAUGCGCAAAAGAGCGCCCUUUACUCUCGCCUCACAGCUGAUAUCCACUCUGCCCUCCGACCUCCAGCAUCACCCGAUCCGGUCUUCAACGCUCGUCUAGCCACCGCAAUCGCCAAAGCUCGAGAUGGUGGCGUACCCAAAGAUGUGGUGGAGAAGUGCUUCACUAAGGCUCGGGCAGCGGCGGAUGGGAGUGGGCAGAGCGUGAUUUACGAGGCUGUGGGCGCUUCAGGACGCGAGGCGAUGAUCAUAGAAUGUAUCACUGAGAAUGCCGCGCGAACGGUCAAGCGCCUCAAGGAGAUACUGCACAAACGGGACUGCCGGAUUGCACCAGUGGCGUACCUGUUCGAGAAGAAGGGGGUUAUUGUCGUCUCUGCUGCAGCGGGAAGGGGGUUUGAUGAGCUGUUCGAAGUGGCCGUGGAGGCUGGCGCGGAGGAUGUACGGGAGGUAGAAGAGGAGGACGGGAUGCUAUAUGAGAUCAUCACUCCCCCGACGGAGCUAUCGACUCUGACAAAUCUCCUCUCCGACCCAUCUCUCGCCGACAAGUAUCCAAUACAAAGCUCUGAGCUGUCUUUCCUCCCCACCGCGCCAUUACCGGUGCUAGCUGAAGGAGAAGAGGGCGAGGGAAUAUCGGAGGAGAGGGCAGAAGCGGUCGAGCGGGUCGUAGGGUUACUGGAGCUAGAAGGGGACGUGGUGAAGGUCUGGACCAAUCUCGAAUGA